AUGGGAGGAGGUAUGGAAAGAGGUACAGAGAUGGGAGGAGGUAUGGAAAGAGGUACAGAGAUGGGAGGAGGUAUGGAAAGAGGUACAGAGAUGGGAGGAGGUAUGGAAAGAGGUACAGAGAUGGGAGGAGGUAUGGAAAGAGGUAAAGAGAUGGGAGGAGGUAUGGAAAGAGGUACAGAGAUGGGAGGAGGUAUGGAAAGAGGUACAGAGAUGGGAGGAGGUGGAAAAGGGGAAGUCCAGCUCCUGCCGGUUGAGAUAAAAGGCCUGCUCUUCUGCGCGCCCUCAUCUUCUUUCUCCUUCCUCUUCCCUCCUGGGACAGAGGCAAGGGCGGCGCUGCUGCAACAGCAGAGGCAGGUGGAAGCAGAGGAGGUGGAGACGAGGAAGGCAGAGGCAGAGGCGGCAAGGGCGACACUGCAGCAGCAGCAGAGGCAGGUGGAAGCAGAGGAGGCGGAGACCAGGAAGGCAGAGGCAGCGGUGGGGCAGCUGAAAGAGCUGGUGGCGGAACAGAGGGGGCGGAAGAGGGAGAUUCAGAGAGAGCUGCUGGUGGUGAAGGCUGCCCUGCUAGAGGACCACCGUGCGCUCCAGACAGAGCUGGCAGAGGCAGAGGCACGCAAGGGAGCUCUGGAGCAGCAGCUCAGGGCCGCUGCUGUGGCUGCUCGCUAG